AUACAUGCAAACCGUCCGCAAACCGUACUUUGUAUCAACCAAUUGUAGUCAAUCGUUGACUUUCGUUCUACAAGUACUGAACACGGUGAAUAUUUGAUCAUAGUCGGAUUCAACAGUAUAUUAUAACACUUAAUAAUAUGAUUAUUAUUAAAAUUAUUCUUUUGCUUGGUCUGGCAGCAUACGUGGCACGUUUGCUUUUCAGAUGUGGCGGUGGUGAGGUUCCACCAACAAUAGGCGGUAUUACAUUGAAGUUUCCGGAUGAUGAUGACAACGGUACCCAUUUAAUCCAGACCGGUGAACCGAGUGAACCACUUGACGAAAACAAAAAAGAUAUUCCAACAGUGUCUUCCGAUGAUGAUGACAACGGGGCCAGCUUAAUCGAUGACAAUGAAAGUUUCCAGUUUAAUAACUUACAGAAUAUUAACACUGGCAUUGAAGAUGAGCCAAUUAGCGAAGAACAUAACCCUUACCUUGACGACAAUGUUACAUAUACAGUGUCUAAUACAGGUGGUACGCAAAUCUUAAAUCAGGGUAAUGGACGUGUGAACACCUAUUAUAAAAGGAAUAAUAAAGAAGAACCAAUUAAUGUAAACAUUCAACAAGACGGAGCUAGUAGCAGUGGAUUGCAUUCAUCGAAGUUUUAUAAUAGUGUGCAGAUUAAUAACACUGACGGUAUUACAUUGAAGUUUCCGGAUGAUGAUGACAACGGUACCCAUUUAAUCCAGACCGGUGAACCGAGUGAACCACUUGACGAAAACAAAAAAGAUAUUCCAAUAGUGUCUUCCGAUGAUGAUGACAACGGGGCCAGCUUAAUCGAUGACAAUGAAAGUUUCCAGUUUAAUAACUUACAGAAUAUUAACACUGGUAUUGAAGAUCAGCCAAUUAGCGAAGAACAUAACCCUUACCUUGACGACAAUGUUACAUAUAGAGUGUCUAAUACAGGUGGUACGCAAAUCUUAAAUCAGGGUAAUGGACGUGUGAACACCUAUUAUAAAAGGAAUAAUAAAGAAGAACCAAUUAAUGUAAACAUUCAAGAAGACGGAGCUAGUAGCAGUGGAUUGCAUUCAUCGAAGUUUUAUAAUAGUGUGCAGAUUAAUAACACUGGUACUCAAAGUUUCCAAACGAAAUCACGAGAACAAGAACCAACCAAUGCAAACAUUCAAAGACCCCGAGCUAAUAGGAGUAGAUUGGGCUCAUCCAGGUCUGCUAUUCCAAGAAGCUGGACGAUGACUACCGAUAACAAUGAAAGUUUCCAGUUUAAUAACUUUGGUAAUGUAAAUGGAAAUAUUAAUGUCCAUAUAAACGGUUCACCUCUGGACUUUCAAGGUGAUACACUCUUCAUCGGCGAUAUCGAAGUCGAAGGAGUUAACGCAACUGUCAGGCCAUUAGUGAUAGUAUGGGGCAACAGUGCACUCAGUGUCAACGGGAUAGGUCAACCAGCAUUCACUGGGAUACUAGGUUCAGGAACCUUGGUUUUUUGAACGUUCAAGAAGCCAUAAAUCUACAACAAAAAAUACAAAUUCAAUUUAUCUAAAUUCAAAAAUUACAAUUGAUUAUAUAUAAAAAAAUAAUAAAAUUUAAAAUUGUAAUAAAACAGAUGAAAAUAAAACAAUAUAUUAA